AUGGCUAUCCCCACAGAUAUCCACAUCUACACGGCGCAGACGCCCAAUGGGAUCAAAAUCUCCAUCUUGCUGGAGGAGCUUAACCUGCAAUACAAGCACACCACCAUCGAGUUCAGUAAGAACCAGCAGAAGGAGCCUUGGUUUUUGGAAAUCAAUCCCAAUGGUCGAGUUCCGGCUAUGACAGACACUCUCGAUGGCAAGCAGAUCCGAAUCUUCGAAAGCGGUGCUAUGAUGCAAUACAUCGUUGAUCGAUACGACAAAGAUCACAAGGUGUCUUAUCCGUUUGGAACGCCAGAGUACUACGAGACCAACAGCUGGCUCAUGUGGCAGAUGGGGGGUCUUGGGCCGAUGCAGGGUCAACUCAACCACUUCAACCGCUACGCCCCUGAGAAGAUCAAGUACGGAAUCGAUAGAUACAGAGCGGAAGUGCGCCGUCUAUACCGCAUAAUGGACGAGACUCUAAAGAAGUCUCCCUAUCUAGCUGGCGACAAGUAUACCAUUGCCGACAUUGCUAGCUGGGGCUGGGUCGCCCUCGGAAAAAAUUCUGGCGUCGACCCUAAAGAAUAUCCCGCGCUGAAUGACUGGAUUCUGAGGAUCUUGAAGCGGCCAAGCGUCGAGAAAGGCCGACAUAUUCCCUCGACACAUCCCUAUGAAUCUAUUCAGGAGAUGACAGAAGAGCAGAUUGAGGCAAAGUCUGCUGCCAAUAGGGCUUGGAUCUUGAAGGGCCAGGAGGAUGAGCUGAAGAGAUGA